AGAAAUUGAUCAUAAACAAAUUGAGCGUAACAAAUCACUUUUCGACAGUGACAUGUCUGGUUCUUUAGCGACAUAUCAUCCGAUAAUUGCACGGGACAUUAAGUCAGAUAUGAGCUAUCGACGGAGCACCGAUGAACCUCUUAAGCGAUUUACAGAAGCCAAAACUAGCAUUGGUGACAUUUACAACGAGUUAGAGACCUAUGUGACGGAUCUUUCACUUUUCUACAACGAAAUUCUAAAUGACAACGGAAAUGUCCCAGAGGAACAGUUGCAAGAAGUAACACGUUUCAAAGAGAGUAUCAAAACAAUUCGUGAUAUGUUUAUGCGUGAUACUAUGAAAGUUGUUUUUUUCGGAAGGUAA